UUCUAAACCCUUUUUUGUGCCUUACUGUCGUCAACCGUUCCUUUUCUCGCUUUAAAUCUUCUCAUUUGAUCAGAUUCCUCUCUCAAAAACCAUAAUUACAAAUUUCUGGUCUGUAUCAUGGAGCUAAUUCUUCCAAAUAUCGAAUUCCAGCGACUCUCUCCUCAAAUUCUCUCGAGAAUUUUCUAAGAAAUCCAGACCGUCAAAAUCUGAGGAGAGAGCAUGCAGCGCUUUUUUAGUGUUUUCCGUAACGUAUUGGAAAUAUACCGUUACAUUCCGGGGACGGUAUGUCGGGGAACAUUGCAGAAGGCUCGUACGAGAACGACCGGACUGCUUGUCUGCGCCCUUUGCAUCGGCGCCUUUAUUUCCGCUCACUGGCUCAAUGCUCAGUCUAUCAUAAACAACGAAGGCCAGAAACUGACGCCAACGGCCAAAACAGCAGUCCACCGCCAUUCCUACAAACACCCAAAACACCCCAAAAAACCCCCGACAAAUCCAGAAAAUCUCCUUACCUGUCCACGUGGAAAACUGACAAGAACCUGCCCUGCAAACCGUCCAACACCUCCCAACACCAAAGAUGACCGUCCAUCACCAUCCUGCCCCGAGUACUUCCGUUGGAUCCACGAAGAUCUACGGCCAUGGAAGGCUACAGGAAUCUCAAAGGAGAUGGUGGAAAGGGCAAACAGGACCGCGAAUUUCCGGCUCGUUGUAAUAAACGGCAGAGCGUACGUGGAGAAGUAUCGGAGGGCAUUUCAGACACGUGACGUUUUCACACUCUGGGGAAUUCUGCAGCUCCUGAGGCGGUACCCGGGUCGGGUACCCGAUCUGGAUCUAAUGUUUGACUGCGUUGACUUGCCAGUUGUGAAGUCACGUGACUACAGGGGCCAGCACGCGCUGGGCCCACCGCCUUUGUUUCGGUACUGCGGAGACGAGGCGACGCUGGAUAUAGUCUUCCCUGAUUGGUCCUUCUGGGGUUGGCCCGAGCUUAAUAUAGAGCCAUGGGAAACACUCUCCAAGAAUUUAAAAGAAGGGAAUGAACGACUGCGAUGGAUAGAUAGGGAACCUUACGCUUAUUGGAAAGGGAAUGCCAUUGUCGCAUCAAAGAGACAACAACUCCUCAAAUGCAAUGUCUCUAAUACUCACGAUUGGAACGCGCGCCUUUAUGCACAGGAUUGGGUCAGCGAAUCUCGGCAAGAAUUUAAGCAGUCUAAUUUAGCAGGCCAAUGCACUCAAAGAUAUAAGAUUUAUAUUGAAGGAAAGGCAUGGUCUGUAAGCGAGAAAUAUAUAUUGGCCUGCAAUUCUCUUACUUUGGUUGUGAAGCCUCAAUACUAUGACUUCUUCACACGAGGUUUGAUCCCUGUGCAUCAUUACUGGCCAAUACGUGAUGACGACAAAUGCAGAUCGAUCAAAUUCGCCGUAGACUGGGGCAAUAGCCACAAACAGAAGGCCCAAGAGAUCGGGAAGGUGGCAAGCAGUUUCGUUCAAGAGGAGCUAAAGAUGGAUUAUGUGUAUGAUUACAUGUUUCACCUCUUAAACGAAUAUGCUAAGCUAUUGACAUACAAGCCUACAAUACCUCAUAAAGCAAUGGAAUGGUGCUUGGAUUCCAUAGCAUGCCGUGCAACAGGAUUAGAAAAGAAGUUCAUGAUGGAAUCCAUGGUGAUGGGCCCAAAAGAUUCGAGUCCAUGCAACUUGGGCCCUCCCUUUGAUAGUGCAGCCCUUCAAGCAAUGAACAGAAGGAAAGAGAAUUCCAUAAAACAAGUGGAAACUUGGGAAAAAAGAGCUUGGGAAAGCCAAAACAUUUAGACUUUCUAUUUUUUAUUUAUUUAGGUUAUGUUUGGUUACACCAAAUUAGAUUGAUCAAUCAUUAAUAUCAUGAUAUUUGGUGCAACCAAAUGCACCCUUACUCUUUUUCUUAUGUAAUAAGAGAGACAAGGUUUAGACAUGCAUAUAAUUAAUUAGCUCAAUUGAUUAUUUGUAAUAAUAUAUGCAUUAAUAAUGGAAAUUCAAUUUAUAAGAAUUCCAAUGAAGUUGAGUGAUUUCAAGAUACAAGGGUUGUGAA